CUUUCACGAGACGGAGUAGUAUAAUUUCUCAUAUUCCACAAGAAAUUAACAAUAUCUGAAACUUUUUAAUACUGUGAAUUUAUUAUUUCUUUGGUUAAAAUUGUUAACUUAUCUCGAAAACUACAGACACAUAAAUAAAAUAAAUUUGUAUACAAGGGGUGUAUUAUGUACAUGUAGAAGCUCGAGGUCGAGGAGAGGACCUGUCACAUGUGACAUGUGGGUGUCAUCACUUUCAUGUUACUCAUGUUAUCAAUAUGUAUAUUAGAGAUUUAGAGUUGGUUCCAAAUUUGGAAGUUUUAGACUUCAUACACUUGUGAGUUGUGAGAAACGAAACCCCCACGAAGCUGAAACCUCUUUAAAAUGCAUGACUACCCAACAAUGGCAUGCUGAUUCAUUGUCGAUAUACCAAAUCUGUCAAGGAACACUAAUUAAGGAGGAAGGUUGAAUCAACUUGUCUGAACCAACUGCCUUUUACGUAGUGUAUAUAAUAAAAGUUAUCAAGCUUUAGUUGAAGUGUAGAGAAUUAAAUUAACUCAAAUAUUCCAUCAAUCAAGUAACGAGAAGAUGCUGAAAUUCCCAGAUCAUCAGGUGGCCGGGCAUCAGGCCCUGAGGGGGCAAUUAGGCCCGCAAAUAGAUGAAUCAGGGCGGUUUUACAAGCCUCUCCAGCAGGACGAACGAGGGUCUAGAGAGGCUGCUUUCUAUAAUGCUCUCCUCCAUUCUAACACGAAAGUGAAGAAACAAAUUCUGCGUUUCUUCCCUGCAUAUUAUGGUACUCAAAAUAUUGAAGCAUCUGAUGGAUCUGGACUGCAUCCUCAUCUUGUUCUGCAAGAUGUUGUCUCUGACUAUGUAAAACCAUGCAUCAUCGACAUCAAGAUUGGAUCAAGAACAUGGUAUCCUCAAGCAUCUGAAGACUAUGUUGCAAAGUGCCUCAGAAAAGAUAGAGGAACAACCACUGUUUCUUUGGGUUUUAGGAUAUCUGGUCUGCAGAUAUACCAAGCUGAAAAUUCUGGUUACUGGAAGCCUGACAGGAACCAAAUUCACAAGUUUACAGUUGAUGAUGUCAGAUCAGUUUUCAGGAAGCUCAUUUCUUCCAACCAAUCAGUUUGCAAUUCUGAUUAUGGUGGAAUUUUCCCACAGUUGCUGGAGCUAAAGUCAUGGUUUGAGGAUCAAACAGAUUUUCACUUCUAUUCUUGCUCAAUCCUGUUAAUCUAUGAUGGUGAGUCUGAAAACAAAGGUGGAAAUCCUCAUUCUAUGAUUAAGCUUAUUGAUUUUGCACACGUUUUUUCUGGCAAUGAUGUUAUUGAUCAUAACUUCUUGGGUGGUCUUUGCUCCUUAAUCAAAUUUAUUUCAGACACACCUGCAAUACACUCUACCAAACCCUAACGAUUGGAUGGUCCGACUGGCUUAACGAUGCUUAGGUUCCUCAUGCUUUUCAGAUUUGUAGUGUUGAGUUAUCGAGUUGAUGCUGUAGUAUCGACUAAGCAUCAUUGUCACAUUUUAAACAGUUUCAGUUUUGUCAUGUUAUUCCUGGUCAUUUGUUUGUUAUACUCUUAUCUGUGUACAAUAUUUUCCAUUGUUUUGGCUAACUAAUGAAUCCCCUUUGUCUGGUUCGAUAAAGAAACCAGGGUAAUCAA